ACUAAGUUCUGUCGUAAUUUACCUCUCUAAUGAAUAUAAUACAAUUUUGAGCAAUUGCUCAAACCUAAGUGGUGGGAAAUUAGUCUCGAGAGUGAUGUUGCGGUUUCUUUUUCAUGUUAUUUUUCCUUCUUAUCACAAUUCCGUUACUAGCAUCCAGGUGUCAUAGUGAAAGUACCACGUUUUGGAGUGAUAUUUGUAUCUACCCAAAUAUAUUACAUUACCUCCAGAUUCGAUCAUUUUCUCCCCUUGUUUUAUUUUUAAUGUGAGAAUGUGAUCUGAGCAUGUGAUGUCUCCUCGCGGUGGUGUAGUGUGCAUGGAGGAGAGGAUGCCCUUGAAGGCUCACUGUAAUACAGGAACUUUGAAUCUUUCACAACAGGCCGACCUCUGUACGUAAAAAAAAAAAAAAAUAUGCAGACCAACACAACUUUCACUACUACUCAAACACUUUAUCAACGGACCUCGCUCCUCCCGUGUGCCGCUUUUGGUCACGUGACACAACACGAAAAUCUGAAUUUUCCCAAGAAACGAAAUCGAAACUUAACCCCGUGCCUCUUGGACUUGGUUUCUUUUCACUUCAACUGAUUGCACGCUUUCCCUUGCGUGGUGUAACACUUGAGCAACACCAAUUUGACACCGUUUGAUUGUAGCUCGUGCGGCGUUUAUAAGCGAGAGACCUCACUUGAGUCUUAACUGCGGAGCCUGCGGACCUCAGCUUAUCCGAGACGGAAGACACGGCGCGCUGGAAAACACCCCUCACCAAUUAGGCCUUUUGGAUAGCUUCAUGAUUGCGGGUUUCCGUGCCAGCUCUGUAGCGUGGGUCUCGCUCGAAGUCAUCGGAGACUCUUCAAAACGUACUUUUUCUCCUCGCUGCCGCUUUGAUUUAAACAUCCGUAGGUGCUCUCAGAGUGCAGCUGGCCGGACCUUUCUUCCAUCUGGGUAUUCUGUGUGCUAGACGGACCUACGAUAAUACAGAAGCUGUGCAGUCAGCUGCGUCGGCCCGCUUUGUACUCAACCCCUGCGCUAUGAGCAGUGGUAGAGGAGGGCCUUCCAGAGAACACUAUUACCAGAGACAUCCACCUCCCCAUUUGCAGGCCAAGGAGAAUUACUUUAGAACUGACCUGGCCCCACUCCAUCCCAGAGCUGGCCCCCAGCACGUUCAACAUCCAGGUUACUACAACGCUGCUGCCCAUCUUGAUAGUUCGCACAACCAAAAUCACAGUGCCAGCCCAAGUCCUAAUUCAUUUCACUACAGACAGGUAGAGUUUCUGAGAGGACAGACCUCUGAGGCACCACAGUUCCGAGGAGGUCCACGUGGAGGAGGGGGAGUGGUACGCGGCAGGCCACCUAGUUCCUCAUACCAGUCCCAGUCAGAGUACAACAGGUAUCCAAAUCCCAACAGCAGCCCUAGGGGACGAGGCAGAUAUUUCCAUGACCAGAGUUUUUCAUACUCGCAGGGUGCAGGAUACUCACGAGGCACUCAAGGCUCUCGACACUUGAAUCAAAACCAGCUACAAGGUAGAACCCAGAGCCCGUACUCCAAUAGACAGUCGUGUGCCCCAACAGAAUCAUUGUGUGACAAUUUUCAGAAUUUGUCUGUUCAGCGUGACAGGCUUAACAGAGGAGGAGAUAGGUUUGACAGAUAUUUUCCCUCCAGAAGCUCAGCAAAUGUGAGCUUUACAAAAGUUAUCACUUUCACACCAGAUAUACAGGACCAGGUACACAGGACUCUGACUGCUUUGAAGCCAGAUGAGAGUGUCUCUGCUAAAAUAUUAGCCAGAAAACUUCAUUUGCCCAAAAAGGUAGUGAACCAGGCUCUCUACUCAUUGGAACGCUCACAGAAAGCCUCCAAACAAGGCGACUCCCCUCCCGAGUGGACUCUGUACAGAGAACUUCUCAGAGUUGAAGAGGAUCGACGCUCUGAACUGAGAAGUCCAUCCUCGCAUCUAUGGGACAGCUGUGAUCACCCUCAAAAACCUGAAGCCCGGGUUGAACCAGAAACAGCGUACCGGGAAGAGGCCAAAGAAGACGACUCUGAGUCUGAAUUUAGUUCUUCUAACAUCUCUCUCUCCUCCUCAUCUGACUGUGAAGAAUCCCAGUCGUCAGCACACUACAAGAAACAAGAUCCCAGUACGACCAGCUCCCCUGAUCAGGAGCUCACGGUUGCUAUGAUGGCAGACCAGAAAUCACUCAUUUUGCAGUACCUCCUGAAUUCAGGAGAGGCAACUGCUCUCGUCAUAGCGAAAAAUGUUGGAUUUCGUAGUGCGAAGCAGGUCAAUCCCACUCUCUACGCCUUGGAGAAGCAAGGCGAAGUUGUCAAGAACGGUGAAGUCAACCCUCCCACGUGGGAGCUCUCCUUCCGCCGUAGAGAAAAGAUGGAGAGGAGCCUCAAAGCUGCACAGAGCACCCCAGCUCAGGGAGGUCAGAUGGAGGUGGAACCCAGUAGAGGCGAUGACGAAGGGGGGUCCAUCUUCUUGCCAUCAGCACUACCACCGUUACCAGGCUUUGAGUCACUGCCACAUCCGCAGAGUUGGAAAGCUGCAGAAAAUACCACAACGGCGGGGGGUCCGAUGGAGAUGGAAACCAGUAGAGAUGCAGAAGAAAGAGGGUCCACCUUCUUGUCAUCAUCGUUACCACAGUUAACAGGCCUUGAACCACUGCCACUUCCAGAAGGUUGGAUGCAAGGUCAUAAUGAAGUGCGCCCCUCCUUUUCCUCCUGCAAAGAUGAAGAGACCAGCGAGGGACAGUGGGCCACCGAUGAGAUCCCAGAAUACCUCAAUGCCAUUCGCAAAGCGACGGAUGCAGAAAAGGCCAAAGACAUGGGAACUGUUGCUGUGUCACUGGCUGCCCCGCCUCCCCAGAACCUGUGGGCCAAAUUACAGGAGGUGAGGCUGAAGAACCCCGUCAGUGGCCUGAUGGAAUAUGCCCAGUAUCUGGGCCAGAACUGUGAGUUCCUCCUCCUCGACCAGACAGGUCCCUCCCACGACCCUAGAUUCCGAAUGCAGGUGAUGCUCAAUGGGAGAACAUUUCCUAUUGCCGAGGCGUCAAGUAAGAAGGUUGCAAAAAAAGAUGCUGCUGCUGCCACACUGCGUAUUCUUAUAGGGGAAAUGCAGGGAGGAACAUGCACAGGGGAUGAGGGAAAUGCUACGAGCAUAGACCAAGGGAUAGAGCCGCUCCCAGAAACCAGCGGGGCAGUUGAAAACAUGGGGGCAAUUUAUGGGUCCAGUAAUGUGGAAGGGAUAGCAGAGGGACUUCGGCAGCCCCUGUCCCGCUCACUGCCUGGUGGGAAGAAUCCAGUCUCUGUCCUGAUGGAGUACAGCCAACGCAGUGGGAACCCUAUUGAAUUUGUCAUCAUUGGGCAAGCGGGGCCACCACAUGACCCAAGGUUCAUGUACAGGGUGAAGGUCGGAGACAACUUGUUCGCUGAGGCCUCAGCUCCAAGCAAGAAAGCAGCUCGCCAGCUGGCGGCGGAGGAGGCUGUCAAAGAAUUAAUGGCUGAUGGGAAACUGCAGCUUAACAAGCCUCAGUUGCCCCUGGGCACCUCGAGCGACAGCGACGGGGGUGCUUCUGGGACAGCGUGCCCCUCUUUGCCUCCUCUCACCGCCGACGAGUUACGGGCGGCCCAUGAGGCGGGGGUUGGAGACCUUAUCAACCACCUGAACAACAAUGCAGUGUCAGGUCUCCUGGAGUACGCCAGGGCCCGGGGCUUUGCUGCGGAGAUCCGCCUGGUGGGCCAGUCUGGGCCGCCGCAUGAGCCCAAGUUCACCUACCAGGCCAAGCUGGGUGGACGCUGGUUCCCUCCGGUUUGUGCGUCCAACAAAAAGCAGGGGAAGCAGGAAGCAGCAGAUGCUGCUCUACGGGUCCUGAUUGGAGAAGCCGAGAGGGCUGCUCGCACCGGAGAGCUUAUCCCAGCUGAGUUGCCAGUGAGCGGCAGCACUUUGCAUGAUCAGAUAGCAAUGUUGAGUCACCAGCGUUUCAAUGCCCUGACCACACGUAUCCAGCACAGCCUUCUCGGACGCAAGAUUCUGGCCACCAUCAUCAUGAGGAGGGGGGAGGGCCUGGGGACGGUUGUCAGCCUUGGAACUGGAAACCGUUGUGUCAAAGGGGAGGAGUUGAGUCUUAAAGGGGACACCGUUAAUGACUGCCACGCUGAGAUCAUCUCCAGACGAGGAUUUGUCCGAUUCCUGUACAGUGAGCUGCUGAAGCACUACGAUGGAGCGGACGACAGUAUAUUUGAGCCGGCGGAGGACAAGAAACUGCGGAUCAAAUCAGACAUCACCUUUCACCUGUACAUCAGCACGGCACCUUGUGGAGAUGGCGCUCUGUUUGAUAAGUCAUGCAGUGAGACGGGGGAUGAAGUCGAGGGCCACCAGCCUCUGUUUGAGAAUGCUAAACAGGGAAAGCUUCGCACUAAAGUAGAAAACGGUGAGGGGACCAUCCCGGUCGAGUCGAGUGCCAUCGUGCCCACCUGGGACGGCAUCCAGCACGGCGAAAGGCUUCGGACCAUGAGCUGCAGUGAUAAGAUCCUGCGCUGGAAUGUUCUGGGCCUGCAGGGGGCGCUGCUCACUCACUUCCUGCAUCCCAUCUACCUGAAGUCCAUCACCCUUGGCUAUCUGUACAGCCACGGUCACCUGACACGUGCUGUUUGCUGUCGGCUGGCCAGGGACGGUGACACAUUCACCCAAAGCCUCCCUCCUCCCUUCAAGCUGAACCACCCUGAGGUGGGCAGAGUGAGUGUGUACGACUCCACUCGACACACAGGAAAGACCAAGGAGUCCAGUGUGAACUGGAGCCUUCCAGACCAGCACAGUGUGGAGGUGCUGGACGGGACCAAAGGAAAACUAGACGGGAACAAACUGGCCGUGUCCCGCGUGUCCAAGUCCAACCUGUUCUGUCUGUUUCGCUCGCUGUGCCAGCGGAGCGGCUACACUCACCUCCUCUCCCUGCCCUCCUACACCCAAGCCAAGAUGUCCGCCUUGUCCUUUCAGACGGCCAAGCAGCAGUUCUUUCAAGCUCUCAGCGUCCACGGCUACGGAGCCUGGAUCGGCAAACCGCUGGAAGAGAAGAGCUUCGAAGCAGGGGAGGGAUCUGGUAACAAUGGACCAAGUUUCCCUUUGGGAUACAGAAACAGCAGAAACGGAGGAGCGAUGGAGUCUAAGCAAGAUGAGGCAUAGAACAGCGCAGGGGACUUUAUUAUUCUAAAUGAGUCAUAUAAAUAUGUGGGGGGAGAGGCAAACGCACAGAGCUGAGGCAGAUAGAAAGAGGUGGAUGGAGUAAACGGAAAGGACAAUUGGACAAUGCGAAGCCGGUGGCCUGUACUGUGUCUUCUGAUGGAACAUGGCUAAAGGCUGCAGAGAGAGUGAUUUAAAGGGACAGCGUAAGUCAAGGGCAAAGCCUGAAGAAUGAGUGAGGUCACCGUUGAUGAGACAGAGCAGAGGUCCACGGGGUGAACAGAAUAUGGUAAACACUACAUGGAAAAGGAAGCGGGUUGAAGCCAGUAAAUCACACCGAACACUGCUGCAACACUCAGUGGUUCUAGUUGUUUGUCAGCAUCACUCAUGCAGUUUAUUAUUUGGUCAGGUUCAGAUUGUUAUUUCAGCUUUUCUUCAUCAUCACAGUGGCAUAUGUUGCCGUUUGAUCCAUCUGGUUUGUGAAAUCGUUAUUGCAGGUUCUUUCACCGUUGCUAAUGCAGUCUGUUGAUUUGCUCUCUUUCAACCACCGUUUGUCGUCCAAUUGUUAGAGCUUUAUUAUACAGCACGAGCUGCUAAGAGGCACUCAGCCUGAUGUGACCCUGCAUUGAAGCAGUGUUUGUAAUUCUGAUGAAGUUACGUUUUCUGCUCCCUGUGUUUUAGUGCUGCGACAGUGGAGAAAAGUUGUGAUUCUCGGUGUUUGAGAGUUGCAGCGAGCGGAGAUGAACUGUUUCUCGGUACAGCCCCAGUUCACACUGUACAUAAACUGUAAAGUACUGCUGAUUGGUAUGAGUAACCUUUAAUGUCCAACAUUUAAGGCUUCAGCUCGUGUACUCUGAAGUCUUCAAGCCAGCUACUUUAACUUUAAACUGUACACCCACAUCUGUCCAUCUUUCCACAUGUUUCCAUAGUCCCAUUGUCAUCGUACUUUGUAGCCUUUUGAUCAGUCCCCCCUUUCAGGUUUUAUAUACUGUUAAUCACCAAUGCAAUGGCUUCCAAAUUUUCAUUAUGUCUGUUCUUAUUGUGUUUUUUCCUUUUACAUUUUUUUCCUCACUUUUCUUCGUGUCUGUUAUUAUGGUCACCAGUAGCUGCUCCCAGUCUUGGGAAGUCUCAUUUACAUACUGUUCAAUGUUGAUUCAGAUGUGGGGGGAAAUUGUGUUGUACGGUGACGGAUGAUGCGAUAUAUACAUCACAUAUAUGCAAAUACAUGAACACCCAGAUGUACAGUGGGGUCUGAAGGUCAGGUUACAGAAACUUACAUUUUUAUGAUUUAUUUUUCACAAUAUUGCAAUAUUUUAAGGAGUGCGUUUACAGAAAGGCAAACCUGCGUUAACGUUUGCUGUUAACUGCGGUGUCCAUUUAUUGCUACACGUGUGCAGAAAGGCCUCAGUUAUGCUUCGGAGUUUUAUUGUGGUUAUGGCCCGAUAACUACAAAGGAAAAGCUAUGCAAGUCAACUCAUCUCAGUGAAUCUUCAAACACUUUGGUUUAGCUUUGAUAUGUCGUGUGUUGAGUCGUCGUCUUGCUGGAAAAAGUUCUAUUUUUUUCUAAAGAUUUUAAGCGUCAAGCUGCCUCUGUAGAACAGAGGGGCUCCUCUUUGGCCACUGUGUAGUAUCAUAUAUAAAAGCUUUCAGAGAAGUAUUUUAGUUCAUUUUAGUUUAGUUGCACAAAUGUACAGUGCUUGGAGAUGACACAGACCUUUAGACGCCACUGUAAGCAAAAAUGUUUGAGUAUAACUCUGUAUAUGCAGAAAGUCUGAGUGUUUAUGUAUGUGUGUAGGUUUAAUGUAUAUAUUUUGUAAAUCAUCUACAAUUUCUUUUCUAUUUUUUUUUUCCUGAUCUUUUAAAUAAAAUUGGGAGCGGACUAUGCUGAUUUUUUUUUAAAAUUAUCAAAAGUUACAGAAUAAACAAGUAGCGAGCUGUUA